AACCUCCCGACCAAGGCCGCACCAGCGCACCACGAGACCCCACGGUGCGGCGCGACCGAAUCCGCCCGCCGCCCGGCCGCUCCUCGGCGACGCCGGCCAAGACGACGCCUCGCCCUCUCCCUCGCGCCACCACCCAAGCCGUUCCCGUCGCGUGCCGGACCCAGCGACCACGCCGAUGCCGCCGCCGAGCUCCUCCUCCUCCUCCCUCCCGCUCGCCGCCGCCCCGAUGUCCAACCCGGGCCCCUCCUCCUCCUCGCAGGCCCCCAACCCACUCGCCGCGGCCUCCUCCUUCCUCCACCACCACCUCUCCCGCCUCGCGUCCCGCUUCGCUGCCCCGCCGCGCCCCGCGCUGGCCGCGACGGCGGCUAUGGCGCCCCCGGGGCCGCAGGGCGCCUCCUCCCUCUCCCUCGCGCUCGCGCCCGACGAGGUCGCGCGCGCGCUCACCGGCACCCCCGUCUUCACCGUCUGUAACUCCAGCAACGAGUUCAUGCUCGUCUCCGACCCCGCCACCGGCCUCCGCUCCCUCGGCCUUCUCUGCUUCCGCUCCGAGGACGCCGAUGCUCUCCUCACCCACAUGAGGACGCGGCAACCUGUGGUAGGGAGGGGGGCAAAAGUGGUGCCUAUUACGCUUGAUCAGGUUUAUAUGUUGAAGGCUGAAGGUAUUGCAUUUCGGUUCUUACCUGACCCUCUUCAAAUUAAGAAUGCGCUGGAGUUGAAAUCUGGCUUAACUGCUUUUGAUGGUGUUCCUGUUUUCCAGUCAGAUCUAUUGGUUGUCAAGAAACAGAAGAAACGUUAUUGUCCAAUAUAUUUUCAAAAGGAGGACAUAGAAAGAGAACUUACAAGGGCAUCUAAAAGUUCAAGAGGAUCCGCCUUCUCUAAGCAAAUUAUGGUUGGGAGUUUGGAAGAUGUCUUGAAGAAAAUGGAGAUGAACGAGAGGAAUUCUGGUUGGGAUGACUUGAUCUUUAUACCCCCUGGGAAAAACCUCAACCAACAUAUUAAUGAGGUAUCAGCAUAAUUUUGUUAUUGCAGUGAUACCAUAGAGUUUGAGCCAUUCGCUCACUUCAAAUGCUGUGAUGGCCAGCCAGUCAACAGUGUCAAAUCGCUGCCUGAGCUUCUUUUUAAUAAGUUUUUAAUGGUUCGACUUGUAACGAAAACAAUUCAAGAUGAAAGUGAUAAGAUAUGUUUGUGAUUUUUUUUCAUUGUUUCACUAAACAUCCAUACAAACUCCACUCGAUGCUGGCGAAGUGUAUCAUGAUCACGGUGUGUUUGGUGGUCUUUCAUGGGGGGAUAAAAAUCCAAGUUUCCCUUGUCGCGCUAUGGACCAGAGGUCCAACCAACUAGUUAGCAACCUGGACCGAAAAGGACGUUCAUGUAAUCAUUUUGUCUUUCCAUUCCCUGUUUUGCACUUGAAAUCCCAAAGAGAUGCAAUUUAUUUCCUAUUCUUUUUAGAUAAUGUUUCCUGUGCUUUUAUGAACAAUAAUCAUUUCC